AACCCGGACUUUCCAAUGGCCUCACUGUACGUGGGAGACCUGCACCCUGAGGUUACAGAGGCAAUGUUGUUCGAGAAGUUCAGCCCGGCAGGGCCUAUCCUCUCAAUCCGCAUUUGCAGAGACAAGAUCACCCGCCGCUCCUUGGGCUACGCAUAUGUCAACUACCAGCAACCGGUGGACGCCAAGCGGGCCCUGGAGACCUUGAACUUUGAUGUCAUCAAGGGCAGGCCAGUGCGCAUCAUGUGGUCCCAGCGGGACCCUUCGCUGCGCAAGAGCGGGGUGGGCAACGUCUUCAUCAAGAACCUGGGCAAGACCAUCGACAACAAGGCACUGUACAACAUCUUCUCGGUGUUUGGCAACAUCCUCUCUUGCAAAGUGGCCUGCGACGAAAAGGGGCCCAAGGGCUAUGGUUUCGUGCACUUCCAGAAGCAGGAAUCCGCUGAGCGGGCCAUUGAUACGAUGAACGGCAUGUUCCUGAACUACCGCAAAAUUUUCGUUGGGAGAUUCAAGUCGCAUAAGGAACGAGAAGCUGAAAGAGGAGCUUGGGCCAGUCAGUCCACCAGUGCUAACGUCAAGGAUUUCGAGGAAGACACCGACGAGGAGGCCACCUUCCGAUGA